AUGCGCGGGCGGGGUGAGCUCCCCAAGGCGAGGCCCAUUCUUAUCAUGGACAACUUGCACGCGCAGACCACGGACGAGUUCAAGGAGUAUCUUGCGAAGCACUGCAACACUCUCGCCUGGUAUGGCCCUUCGGAGUGCACGGACGAGGUGCAGCCACUUCAUGCAGGAGCCGGACGAUUUCUCAAGGUGGAAGUCGGGAGGCAGAUGGACAUAUGGCUCGAGCAGUCGGACAACCUCGAGAGGUGGAAAACCGCGUCGCUGACAGCUUCUGAUCGGCGCGUCCUGAAUACUCAGUGGAUGGGAGCGGGCAUGGCAAGACUCAACAGCCAACAGGCGUACCGGUACCGUCUUUUCGAAAAGUGCGGGAUGGCCAUGACCGUGGACGGCUCGGGCGAUGAUCGAAGCACCUUGGAGCGUUUGGACAAGCCGUAUACCUUCGCUAACGAUGAAGACAGUAAUAACGACGAACAAGAUUCGGAGAACGGCAACGAUGAGCCUGAGGGGCGGGCGGAGGAGGGCGAUGGAGGACGUGAGACGCUCAUGGAGGGCGUUGACUCCAGCGAUGAAGACGACGGCGGUAAGUUUGAGAUACAGGGAAUGGAGUUCCCGGCAGGCUUUCGUAUUCAAGAAGCUAAACCCGUUGCUCUUGAGAGAUUGCUUUUGCGGCGUGGAGUGCUCGUUAGGCUGGACAUGGGGUGGUUAGGAGGGGUGAUCACUCAACAAUCUCAGAAGCACACUCGCCACCUGUACGACUACUGUGUGCAGCUGGAGCUAGACCAGAGUACGCGCAAGAUGAAGUUGCCCUUAGACAAGCUCAACAAGGCAGUUUGGUAG